AACAUUAAAAACUAAAACUAAAAAAGUACUAAAACAAACGAACAAAUCCCAAUAUUCUGUUAAUUCUUUUCCUUUCCUCAAAUCGAUCUCAUCGCCAUUUCACAUAGAGAAAGAGACUUCUAUAGGAUUAAUCAAUGGCUAGUCGAGUGGUGACGGUGGCACAAGACGGGAGUGGAGACUUUACGACGGUGCAGGAAGCCGUAGAUGCGGUGCCACUCUGCAACACGUGUAGAACUGUGAUUCGUGUGCCACCUGGGGUUUACAGGCAGCCCGUGUACGUGCCGAAGACAAAGAAUCUCAUAACUCUUGCGGGUUUAAGACCUGAAGACACUAUCUUGACUUGGAACAACACUUCUGCCAACAUUGAUCAUCACCAGGCUUCGAGGGUCAUUGGAACUGGGACGUUUGGGUGUGGGACUGUGAUAGUGGAAGGAGAGGAUUUUAUUGCUGAGAAUGUCACUUUUGAAAACUCUUCUCCUGAGGGUUCAGGCCAAGCUGUGGCAAUUAGGGUGACUGCUGAUCGGUGCGCAUUCUAUAAUUGCCGGUUCCUUGGCUGGCAGGAUACUCUCUAUUUGCAUUAUGGGAAGCAGUAUUUGAAAGAUUGCUACAUUGAAGGAAGUGUGGACUUUAUCUUUGGGAACAGCACUGCUCUCUUGGAACAUUGUCAUAUUCACUGCAAGUCAGCAGGUUUUAUAACUGCUCAAAGCAGAAAAUCUUCUCAGGAGUCAACUGGUUAUGUCUUUUUGAGAUGCGUGAUUACUGGUAAUGGAGGGACUUCAUAUAUGUACCUUGGACGCCCAUGGGGACCCUUUGGAAGAGUGGUCUUUGCAUACACAUACAUGGAUCAUUGUAUUAGACAUGUAGGAUGGAACAACUGGGGUAAAGCAGAAAAUGAGAGAAGUGCUUGCUUUUAUGAGUACAGGUGCUUUGGGCCAGGUAGUUGCCCAUCAAAACGAGUGACAUGGUCAAGAGAACUGAUAGAUGAAGAGGCAGAUCAAUUUCUGAUGCAUUGUUUCAUUGACCCGGAUCCAGAAAGGCCUUGGCUAUGCCAAAGAAUGGCCUUGAGCAUUCCAUACUCCGCAUUGGAACUAUAAGCUUCAACAAUAAGCAUGAACAAACAGUGUAGAAUGAACCAAGCUCCCAGCAAAUAAUGAUUACUUAUAUGCACGACUAGUUUAUGUGUAAAAAGUAUGCAGGCUUUGUCGCCCAUAGCACAAUGCUUUUCUUUGGAAGAGUGGUUCUAAAACAAUAAUAGAAUUUUUGCCUAGAUUUCAAAUAUUUGCUUUCUUCUGUUGUUUAAUAAGCUUGGCUUGUAUGAUUUGAUAAUCAUGCCAUGUUAAAUGUUGACGUAUCGAGUAUUUUGUUAUUAGAGCAAAUCAUGAGUCGUUUUGGAAACUUUGGAGGA